AGGAAAUUGCCGUGAAUAGGAAAAGUGGACUAAUUUUUAAUUGCGAGGAAAUCACUAUCAAUAGUGGAAACGACCGAUUUGAAUAAUUUGCUUAAUAAUUUACGAAGUGUAUCUCCCUUUUGAUUGAAAGGAAUUAAUAUAAAUAUAUGUAUGUGAGCGCAAUUUUGUGAAAUUAUUACGUGUAUUGACGAGGCAUUGGUGUACGUGAAAAAAUGUGUUGAGCGAAAGAGAGGGAAAAGGCAAUACUACAUUUUGAUACAUUAAUAAUAAUUUAUUUUCUGAUAUUAAUGGGAGAAGAUAAUUUUAAUGCGUGAUUUGGAAUAUAAAUGAGUUUUUUGGCCCCUUAAUAUAAGGGGCCAAAGUAAAGGUGAAAGCAACGAAGAAAUUUGAGGCUCCUCAACGAAGAUAUCCGCUAAUCAGCAAAUAAGGAAAAAAAUUAAAGAGACAAGAGCAACGAGAUAAAAUAAGUAAAAAAAGAACAACAACAACAAGAAGAAGGUGAAUAAUCGGUGGCUACUUGAAGUGCCUGUUCAGUGUAAAACAAUCACAAGUUGUCAAAGUGCUACCAGCCAGGCAUAUUUUUUUUUUACUUUCAACAAAAAUAAACUAAAAAAAUUGAAACUUGAUAAAUCAAAAGCAGAAUAAAAACAAAACCUACGAAAGACGACCAUUAUAGGCCAAUUCCGCUGCGCAAUUUCCAAAUUACUAAAUCAAGCAAUCAUAUAUAUAAUAAAUAAUAAAAAUAUUAAUACGAAAACGUGAAAAGAGAAAAGAAAUUGUCAACGUCAUUCGUCCAAUAUCGCUUUCGAUUUUAUAUUCUCUUUGGACAAAAAGUGAACGAAUUUUCGCUAAUUCGUUACAAUUGUCAUACGAUUCAAUUGUACGGAAUUAUUUUUUCAUUUUUUAAUUUCCUUUUGUACAUUGGCCGCUCGCGUGUGCGUGUGUGUGAUCAUAUUCUUCGGAAGGCUUCAUUCAGUGCAAUCACUGUCCUUGAAGCUCACUCCCGAGAACAGAUCCCACAUCGUGUGCCGUUGCCGUACAAUCCUUGAAUGGGACACCAGCUAUGAACCAACUGAAAUUCACACUAGCGGAGAUUGGUAUUUUGGUCAAACAACUGAACAAGAAAAAUUUUGCUGAAACCAGCGAGAACAUAAAUCAGUAUAUAAAAGAGAUCGGUUUGGAAGCGGACCGCCAUUGUUUGCGCUGCCUAUUCUCGGUGAUCAAUUUUACUGACACGAUAUCAACAAGUCCGAAUUCGAAUUACAAUUUUAUUGUAGAAGCACAAGCUAGAUUACUGGGCGCCCAAUUGGAAAAUCAACUGACUAGAGCGUCCUUCAUAUCGAAUAUUUGCUUUGCUGUCGACCAUUGCUUUUCUCAACAAAAGACUCUUAAACCGACACCACAACUUAUAGCGCAAAUAACUAAGUUAACAGGAAUUAGUAAACUUUGUGAAGUUGUAUUGUCAAUAGCAUUAACUCAUUCGUCACAAGCAGAUUUACGCCAAUACUCUUUGGAACAUCUCAAAGUAUCAUUCAGUGAGCUGAUUGAAUCAUUCUUAGAAAAUAAAGAAAACAGCAUUGCUGAGAAGUGCAAUUUACAAGACGUAUCUGUAGAAAUAUUACAACUGCUUCUUGUUUGUAUAAACGAAGUUGUAAGCAAAGAACUUAAAAGUAAAUUUUUGGAUUUACUACGCAAACAAUUUCCCCUUGAACGAGUUCCUCUCAUACUAUCGCCACAUUUAUAUCGUAAAAGACUUAAUUGUUGUGAUUCUCCAGCGUUAUUGCCACCAGAAGACACUGAAUUGAUUUACAACAAACAAUACGCUGAUGGCGGUACCGUUAGUCAACAUUUGACGGAAAUUGGUAUUGAAGAUAUUUAUGACAACUUAUGCAAGACAAUAUUUACUACACAGUUGAAUAAUAAUAUUAUGGACACAUCCUGGAUUAAUUUAAUCCUAGAGAUUGGUUACGAAUUCACCUCAAGCGUUGAAGAAUGUAAGAAUCAUCUACGUUGUGGUUCGCGCGAACUUCAAUCACAGGAUGUGGCCAAGAUCAUUGGUCUCAUGUGCCGCAGGCACUCCUCAUUACUCGAUUGCAAUGUGAACUUAGGAACUCCGGCCAAUUUUUGGCCGGGUCAGCCGGGAACUGGCCCCAACGCACAACAACAAAAUGUGGCCAAUAAUAAUGACGGCAGUAACGUUACGAGCAGUGGCGUUGAUAAAACAACCAACUUAAAUGACAAAAAAGACAAAGUCGGUGGCAACCCAGUGGGUACCAUCAGCACAGAAACCACGCAAGCAUGGAAACCGGACGUGUUUGUGCAGGCACUGAAGGAAGUAGUGCCACAGCUGAAUUGGAAAGAGGUUUGCUUAGAACUUGAUCAUCCGGAAUUCAUUUUGAAGGACAGAAUCGGACUUGAUCUGCUGCUGACCAUUUUCCGUUUGGGUACACAAUCUGCUCUAUUCCCACAUCCAGAAUGUAUAUAUCGUCAUUGGCAAAACGUAAACGGUCAGCUAUCGCUGAUAGCGGUUAUGUUAAAAAAUCCCGAUCUGUUUACAUUCUCCGAUUACAUCUUCACCGCCGCACCAGUAGAGAUGCUAAAAACGCCACCAGAUACCGAUAACAAAGAAGUGUGCGCUUGGAAAUCUCUACACUUAGUGGAAGUUUUGCUGUAUAUUGCAGACCAAGGAUUCUACCAUCAAGUUAUUGAAUUGUUCAAAUUCCCAGCACAACAUUGCCCCGAUAUAUUGUUUUUGUCACUUUUACACAUAAAUCCACCAAUUACUGCAUUACGUCAAGAACUUUUUAGUCAACUCAUACCGACUUUUCUAGCAAAUCAUCCAAAUUCAGGCGUAAUACUUAUGACUGCUUGGAGUUCACAAAAUUUUGGUGGAAUUUUACGUCCCAUUAUUAUGCAGUCCAUGUCGGAUUGGUAUCAGCGCGGCACCGAAUAUGAUCAGGUUAAGCUUUCGCGUAUACUUGAUGUAGCACAGGAUUUAAAAGCACUAUCGACACUGCUUAAUGAACGUUCAUUUCUAUUUGUGAUCGAUUUGGCAUGCCUAGCAUCGCGACGCGAAUACCUUAAACUGGAAAAAUGGCUAAGUGAUAAGAUACGUGAACAUGGUGAGCCCUUCAUUCAAGCUAUUUUGAAAUGCCUACAACGUCGUUGCCCACAAAUAACAAACGCUAAAAUACCGGAAAGCCAAUUGCCAUCCAAACAGGCUCAGCUACCACCUGAAACAGUGACAACAAUGUUGCAAUGCCUACAAGGUUGCAUUGGCAAUGUACCACCAGAAAUAGUUGAUCUUAUUAUGCAAAUGACAGCGAACUGUUCGAUCAUGGCGAACAAGGCAAGAGCCGCCGUGCCACCAUUAGUGCCACAACUACAAGGUGUUAUGCGUGGGCAUCGUGGCAUGGAUAUGGCCGGUGUACCGGGCGUACCGCCACCACCUUUCUCCGCCAAUUUGAAUGCACAACAAAUGUUUGGACCCACAAUGGAUACGCUAUCGAAUUUAACCACAAAUAUAGCCAGCUUAAAUCUCGGUGGACCUAAUGGCGCCUUCAAUUUUGGAAACGUCUUAGGUAAUUUGGCGUCUACACCAGCUUCUCCGUCGCGUCUUAUGAAUCCAGCUGCCAGUCCAUAUCCGCUAAAUGCUAUGCAAAUUCCACCACCGAAUAUUGGAAAUUUAGGUAGAAUGCCGCAAGCAGCGCAACAGCCGACACCAACGCCACCUAACCCCAUAAAUCCGGGUAUGGCUGAUCUGCAAGGACCCGUCUCCAAGGAAGUUGAAGAUGAGGCUAAUUCAUAUUUUCAACGCAUCUAUAAUCAUCCACCACAUCCCACACUGUCUAUUGAUGAAGUACUUGAUAUAUUGCAAAGAUUCAAGGAUUCGAAUAUACGUCGUGAACAGGAAGUUUAUCAAUGUAUGUUGCGUAAUCUAUUCGAAGAGUAUCGCUUUUUCCCACACUAUCCAGAGAAGGAGUUACAAAUCACAGCACAAUUAUUUGGUGGCAUAAUAGAGCGUAAUUUAGUGCCCUCAUGUGUGGCAUUAGGUUUGGCCUUGCGCUGUGUUUUGGAUGCAUUGCGCAAACAGGACUCGAAAAUGUAUAAUUUUGGCAUAACGGCAUUGGAUCGUUUCAAAAAUCGACUACAUUCAUACAACAAAUACUGUGAAUACAUACGUUCCAUUGCGCAUUUUAAUGACUUUCCACCGCAUUUGAUUCAAUAUGUAGAAUGUGGCUAUUUGCAACAGGAACCACCACCUGCCAAGAUACAAAUGCUUAUGGCUGGUAGUGGACAACAGCCGCAACCCGAUUCAAUUUAUCGCAGCAAUUCUGUGACAGGAAAUAUUGUAACAACACCAACACAACAAAAGCCUAUGGUUGUUGCUCAGUCCAUACAUGCAUCACGUAUGAAAUCAAUUGCUACCGCUACUAAUAUCGAUACACUAUUGGUUGCCAAUCAAGAGGAGAAGAUCACUAUACCGCCCGAACCAGUACAGGAUAAAACCGCAUUCAUAUUUAACAAUUUAAGUCAACUGAAUAUACCGCAGAAAUGCGAAGAGAUUAAGGAAAUCAUGACGAAGGAAUAUUGGCCGUGGCUAGCACAGUAUCUGGUGCUGAAGCGCGCUUCAUUGGAAUUCAACUUUCAUUCGUUAUAUUUCAAUUUCUUGGAGGCACUGAAGAAUCCCGAAAUCAAUAAAUAUGUAACCAAGGAGACACUCCGGAAUAUAAAAGUUUUACUCCGUUCCGAUAAGGGUGUGGUGAAUUUCUCUGACCGCAGUUUGUUAAAGAAUCUGGGUCAUUGGUUGGGCAUGAUGACGUUGGGACGCAAUAAGCCUAUUUUACAAAUUGAAUUGGACUUGAAAACCCUAUUGGCCGAGGCAUAUCAUAAAGGACAACAGGAAUUGCUGUUUGUUGUGCCAUUUGUAGCUAAAAUAUUGGAAUCUUCAGGUAAAUCGAAGGUCUUCAAAACACCCAAUCCAUGGACAAUGGCUAUUAUGAAUGUACUUGGAGAAUUGCAUCAGGAGCCUGAAUUGAAACUUAAUUUGAAAUUUGAAAUUGAAGUGCUUUGCAAGACAUUAAAUCUGGAUUUGCAGAAAUUAAAGCCGAUCGUCUAUUUGAAGGACCCCUCACGUUCGAUGAAUAUUGAACAUCAAAUGGCCCAGCCUAAACCCAAAAAUGUUGAGGCACCGCCUCAGCAGCAACAGCAACAACAACAACCGUCACAAGGUCAAACUCCAGGUCCCGGACAAAUGGGUCCAAACGAUUCAGACGCACAAGCCUUACUCAUGGGUGGCGGUGGUAGUGGUGGCGUUAGCGGCGCAAACAUAACAGGCGGUGUAGUGCCUUCACCCAGCAUUAGCAACGAAUCAGCCGGACAGGUUAUAAUGCAAGCGCCCGAACCGCGUUUCUCUUUCGUCGAUAUAAAUAUAGCCAAUUUCCAUCUGAUCGCUCAGCAUGUGGUACUAUCGCCGAACAUAACAUUUUUGCAUGCCAAUCCAGGUCUCAAGCAUAUUGUACUCAAUGCAAUUGAACGCACAAUUACCGAAUGGCUGCAACCGGUCGUAGAUCGCAGUGUGCGUAUUGCAGUGACCACAACAGAGCAAAUUGUGCGCAAAGAUUUCGGACUCGAUCCAGAUGAGAAUCGCAUGCGCACAGCUGCACAUCAAAUGGUGCGUUAUUUAUCGGCUGGCAUGGCGAUGAUUACCUGUAAAGACUCCUUGUCGCAAACAUUGACAAAUAACAUACGCAAAGCGUUCUUAUCUGCGCUGACUGGCGGACCAAGUUAUCAGGACAUCGAAGCGGCGGCAAUACAGCUUAGCAAUGACAACGUCGAGCUCGCUUGCGCUUUUAUACAAAAGACAGCGGCUGAGAAAUCAACACCCGAAGUAGAUCGUCGCAUGUCCACCGACUUUGAUACACGUAAAAUGACUAGAGAUGAGGGCGGUCGCUUUUAUGACACACAAACAUUGGCCUAUCAAACCGAGCGCAUGCCGGAGCAAGUACGUUUGAAAGUCGGCGGCAUACCACAUACACAAUUCGCUGUGUACGCCGAGUUUGCACGCAAUAUUCCCGGCUUCCAACAGAUGACCGAACGCGAUAUCGCUCUAUUCUUGCCCAAACCACAAGAGUUGCCCCCGGCUACCUUCGGCAAUGACGAAAUGGGCCUCCUGUAUGCCGAAUUAGCUGCCAAAAUGGAUGCAUUCCUCAACAGCACCAUGAAUAUAUCCACACUGCAGUUGCAGGCCAGCAAAAUACAUGCGCUUCUGAAUGCGCUAAUGGUAACUAGGCGUAUACGUGAUAAUGAAUCGGCUUUAAAUCUACUGACACGCGUCGUUGAGGGUCUCAUUGAAGGAUUGGUGAACAUACCCGAACACAUCGAGCAAAUGAAAUUGUACCGUGAUAUACAUUUACGUAUACUCAAUAUGUUACAGAAUACUUUUGGUGCUGGUGUAACAGAACGAGCAAUCACCAAAUGCAUUUUCGAUGUACGCGAAGAGGUGCGCUACAAUGUUGAAGCUAUCAAAUGGCUUAUAACCUCACAUUUCAUAAAUGUGCCGCAAUUCGAUUUGUUGUUGCGCGAAGCUAUGGAUAAUGGCAAUAAUUACAUGGCUGUCACGUUUGCCAUGACAUUAAUGGAGCGGCUGCUUGAUGGACGCACCAGCGCCACUUUGGAAACAGAAAUGACUGGCACAUUCGAGAUGUUGGGUCGCUUGCCACAGAAUCGGCAUCGCUAUCCUGACGCCACGACUCAUCAGAUUGAUAUGAUGGAUGCGGGACCAUUUGGCGGAACUGAUCACUAUUUGGCCGGUUCCAGACAAUACAUGACCUCGGGCAUGCAGCAUGUACGGUCCAAUGAUUGCGAUGAUCCACCUGGUUUGCAAGAGAAGACCGAAUUCCUGCUCAAAGACUGGGUCUCCAUCUACAACCAAUCGAACAAUUUGUCGCGUGAGGCCAAGAUCUUCACAUCAUUUGUACAGAAGAUGAAUAUGUAUGGCAUUCUGAAGACCGAUGACUUGAUAACACGCUUUUUCCGUCAGGCCACACAAAUCUGCAUUGAUUUGGUGUAUCGCAUACUGAACGACCCAAGCAAUUCACCAUUGCAAGCGCGUACCAAAAUCUUCCAUUGGAUCGACGCAUUUGUGCAUUUAAUUGCUCUGCUGGUACGCCACUCCGGCGAAUCGGGCAAUACCACGACAAAAAUGAACCUGCUAAACAAGGUGCUCGGCAUUGUUCUCGGCAUAUUGCGGCAGGACCAAGAAUUGCAUGGCACCGCAUUCCAACAGCUCGGCUAUCAUCGCUUCUUUGUGAUGCUAUUCCUAGAGCUGAGCUCACCCGACGCAGUACUAGAGAGUCUGAUGCACAGCAUUAUAACUGCCUUCUCGCACACGUAUCAUCUUCUCAAUCCAGAACAUGCACCCGGUUUCGGCUACGCCUGGUUGGAGUUGAUCUCACAUCGCAUUUUUAUCGGACGUAUACUAGCACAGAUACCGCAACAGAAGGGCUGGCCACUGUACUCACAGCUGCUGCUCGAUUUGUUCCGCUAUCUGGCGCCAUUCUUGCGGAAUGCCGAGCUAGCGAAGCCCGUACAAACAUUGUACAAGGGAACGCUGCGCGUUCUGCUCGUGUUAUUGCACGAUUUCCCUGAAUUUUUAUGUGACUAUCAUUUUGGUUUUUGUGAUGCAAUACCGCCAAAUUGCAUACAAAUGCGCAACAUAAUAUUGGCUGCUUUUCCACGCAACAUGCGUUUACCCGAUCCGUUUACGCCUAAUUUGAAAGUGGAUAUGUUGGCGGAGACUGCAACAGCACCGAAAAUUUGCUCAAAUUACGUAUUCAAUAUACAGCCAGCAAAUUUCAAGAAAGAUCUCGACUCCUACCUGAAGGCACGCGCUCCGGUAACUUUCCUCUCGGAGCUGCGCUCACACUUGCAGAUCUCAAAUGAGCCCGGCUCACGUUACAACAUUCCGCUCAUGAAUGCGCUCGUACUGUAUGUGGGUACGCAAGCUAUUUCGCACAUAAGAAGUAAAAAUUUCGUGCCCAAUACAUCGAACAUCGCACACAGCGCACACAUGGAUAUAUUCCAGAAUUUGGCUGUCGACUUGGAUACCGAAGGACGCUAUCUCUUCCUGAACGCCAUUGCCAAUCAAUUGCGUUAUCCGAAUAGCCACACGCACUACUUCAGCUGCGCAGUGCUACAUUUGUUCGCCGAGGCCAACUCUGAGGCCAUACAAGAGCAGAUUACACGUGUGCUACUUGAACGUCUCAUUGUGAAUCGGCCACAUCCAUGGGGUUUGUUGAUUACCUUCAUCGAGCUGAUCAAGAAUCCCAUCUACAAGUUCUGGGAUCAUGACUUUGUGCACUGUGCACCAGAGAUUUCAAGAUUAUUCGAGUCGGUGGCACGUUCGUGUAUGGUCAAGUCGAAUCAUCAGCCGCAAAUCAACAAUAUGGAUGGUGACAUUCAGGAAAUCAAUUAAUGUUGCAUUACAACAACAAAAACAACAAGCAAAACGAGUAGAACAAUGUAGUUCUCACCUUAGUGAUGGUAGUAUACACGCAGUGGAAAUAAACGGUGCUAGUUGUAAGAAUGAUUUGUGUAUUUAGUUGUGGGGGCUGUUGGUAGCGAUGGCGGCGUUGCUGACAGUCCACAGCCGUCCAUUUCCACUAUGAGCGUCACGCUGUCGAUCACAUUGAACAGAAGUAGCAGAAGAUUAAAAAGUUUUUUUAAGCUAAAGAUACAAAAACAUAUAAUUGAUUUAUGAAUUAAGAGAUUGCAAAUUUUUUAAAAAGAAAAAACUAAAAAAAUUGAAAAAUCAAAAAUGGAAAAGAAAACGAAAAAAGUAAAAAAAAAACAACAACAUAUAUAUAUACUAUAAAUAAACAAAUAAUUUACUUGUAAGUAGUUUAAAAUACACGAUAAAGAGGAAGCAACACUUGAAAGCAAAUUUAAAUUAAAUUAAAUUUAUUAAUAACUAAUUGAUGUAUUAUAAAUAUAAAAUUAAUUUGAACAAAAAAAAAACAACAUAUAUGCUAAUUAUUAAACAACAAAUUACAGAUGUUGGUGUAAAAAUUUAUAGUUGUUGGCAAAAGAAGUAGCGAGAAAAACAAACACUUUAUCGAAGCAUAUGCAAAACGAGCGAAAUAACGAACAAGCCCAGCACGAGAGUGUAGUUUAAGAACCAGGGCGAGUAAAGUAUGAGCGAAGCGCGACGAGUAUGAGUACAGUAUGUGAGUUGUUUAAAAUGUAUUUGCUGCAUCGCUGACCUGAAACACUGCGGCAAAACAAUUUACAAUUUUAAAUAAAUGAUAAUUACAAAAAUGCAAACAAAAACAAAGCAUAAUGGUAAGCAUUAAGCGUAGAUACAGAUGUAAUAUGUACUCAAAAUAGCAAAAAAAAAGGAAAUAUAAAAUUAACAAAAUAAAAAAAUAAAAUUAACAAAAAAGUAAAAGUAAACAAAUGAAAAAAUAAAUGCAUUGAAAAAAACAAAAAUCUUCAAACAAAAAAAUUGUAAAAUCAAAUAAAGCAAAAAAUUACAAAACGUGUACAUAUUUGUAUCAAAAAAAAAAACUAAAAGAAAUACUAAUAAUGAAAUAAAAAAACGAUGCAUAAGCAGAGCGCGAAAUGCAGAGUUGCAAUAUUUCAACAUUUGCUGGCUGGUUGCAAGUGGGAAGCAAGCAAUUUGGAAAAAAAAAAUGACAAAAGCAAACAAGAUUCAAAAUUUGAAAACAUGUUUGUGCACGUUUCAACCAUAGCCUAGCAAAUGUUGCUGGUAUUUCAAAAAAGAAAUAUAUAUAUAUAUAUAUAUAUAUAUAAACAUUAAUGGUGAUGCUUUUAAAAUAAAAUAACUUAUAAUGGCGAUGAUGUGAUGUAUAAGAGAGAGAGAGCGUAAGAGAAAAGGUGGAGAGCUUGAAGCAGGAGCGCAAUGUACAAACCCAAUUUUCGUUUUUCCGAAAUGAAAAGAAAUUAAUUUGUUUUGAAAUAAAUGGAAUUAUAGAAAAAAAUAAAUAUUAAAAAAAUCUAAAAAGAAAGUGACAAAAAUUAAAAACGGUAAAUAAAAGGUACAAAGAUAAAAAAAAAUUAAAAAUAAAUUGAGAUUAAAAAUUAAAUUAAUAUUGAAUAAUAAAUUGUAUUUCAACAAUAAUAUUUAAAAAAUAAAUUGAAACUAAAAAUAAUUAAAGUUAAAAAUAAAAAUGAAACUAAAAAAUUAUUAAAAUUAAAAAUAAAAAUGAAACUAAAAAAUUAUUAAAAUUAAAAAUUAAAUUGAAGUAAAAAAAUAAUGUUUCAAUUUAACAAAAUAGUUAAAAAUAAAAAAUUAAUUCAACUAAAAAAUAAUUAAACAUUAAAAAUUAAAUUGAAACUACUAAAGUUACGCAAAAUUUUAUAAUUACAAAAUAAAUUAAAACUAAAAAAUAAUGUGAAAUUAAUAAAAUAACUAAAAUUAAAAAAUAAAUAUUAAUUAAAAUUAAAAGAUAAAUUGAGAUUAAAAAUACAUAAAAAAAUAAAAAAAAACAAUCCAAAAAAAGUUACACAAAAUUUUACUUUGAAAAUCUUUUCAUUUACGAUAAAACGAAAAAUGCGUUUGUGCACAUUUUAUGAAUUAUGUUUUUAUUUUGCUUAUUAGCAUAUCAUUUCGAUAGCUACACUCGAGUGUAUGUUUCACCACAAUUGGUCCAACUUGAUUUUACACACAGACACACGUACAAUCACAAACAUUUAGAGAGACAUUUUGGAGACUUGUGCUCUCUCGAUUUAUUGGUUUUUGUUUUUAAUUAGCAAUGUACAGUUUUAAACCGAAUAAAUAAAAGAAAAUUAUAAAAUAAUAUAAACAAACUUAAAAAUUUAAAAAUAAUAAUAAAUUGAUAACAUUCAUGUGUAUGUAUUAGGCCAAAAUUACAUCUAAUUGAAUAAACGUUGAUUUCAUUUGUUGCUUUACAAUUCGCAAUUCUACAUUUUACUAACGCAAUUGCUUUAAGCGUGUUUAUUUACCUUGAAAAUUAAUUCAUUGAUUUGUUAUUAACUAUAACUUAUUUGUUUGGCGAGGAAAAUUUUAAUGCGCUCAUAUUUUAAGCUUAUCAAAUUAAUAAACAGCAAAGAAAAUCCAGAAAAAAAA